AUGUCUUCUGUUUCAGACAUUCGCCAAGAAGAGGAAGCUAACGUCCUGGGUAAUGAUAACGUAAAAAAGACACUGAAGAGACGGUUUACGGAUCAUGACGCUCAAAAUGCAUUUAACAUUCAAAGAGCCUACCGCAAUCACCGAGCAGCACGUGAAAGAGAAGGCAAAAUUGUAUCAGCAGAGUCUCGUGAACGUUUAUCACAUUAUGCCAUAAUGAAAAAAUGGGGGCAAGUUGUGGAUGAAGCUAUUGAAAAAUUUCAUGAAUCUGAUUCAUUAUCGAAAACUUUGACAAAUCGACACGCGAAAUUGAGAAGUAUAAUGCAAGGAUUGGUAGAAGUGGCGGGACAGAUCGGAAAGGGAACUGACCAAAAAGAUCUUUGGUUAAUAUUGGAUAACGAACAUUGGUUGGAACUUUACGAUAAAGAACAUCGAUAUGGUGCAAAUUUGAAGGUUUAUCAUGAUGAGUGGCUUAAAUCUAAAACGCCCGAAAAUUUUUUUGACUGGUUAGAUAAAGGAGAGGGUGCGCUUUUAAAUCUUUCAGUAUCGCGUGAACAACUAAACCAACAAAAAGUCAAAUAUCUCGACAAGUCGGAAAGAAAGCAACUUAAAGUAAUAAUUAAAGAUGGCCUUUUAUUCUACGAAUACACUAACAAAUUGGUACAUACAAAUCCAAGCACCAAGUAUCUGGAAAAUCAUGCUCAAAAGAUGAGUUAUGACCUGACAAAAUUAACAGGUAACUUGGAAAAGGAUGGAUCACCAGAUGAGAAGAACUAUGUGAUAUUAACAAUCAAAAAAAAUUCGGAUGAUGGAAACAAAGACAAGAAUCUCACGAACCAAAAAGAUAUCGAUGAAUCAUAUCUAGGUGUAUCGGCAUUUGGAGGGGAAGAUGACAAUACUUCAAUGCUCAGUCACGAUUCAGGUGAAGAUACAAAUGUGAAAUGGAUAUACGUAACAGAUUGUUAUGAUAAUUUAUAUAUUCAUGAAAAAAUCAAAGGACACUUUCAUCAUUCAUCGUUUCUUGCUGGCGGAGCAAUCUGUGCAGCUGGCGGAGUCAAAGUUUAUCAGGGAAAGCUUCUUGAAAUAAAUCCAAAAAGUGGUCAUUAUAAACCAGGAGAAAAACAUUUUGAAGCGCUGAUAGAACAUUUAAAGAGUAAAGAACUGGAUACCACAUAUGCCGAUAUUAUUUAUCCAAAUGAUUUAUUAGAAGAGAAAUUAAGAAAGAAAUAUCAUUCUAGACUUGUGGCACACGUCAGUCUGAAUGUCGGUUUGUUUAUGAAAAAUGUUGAAACAGUUACAUCUAAACAGUUGGACUUUCUUGAUCGUAAGGUCAAGAGAGCAGCAAGUAGAGCACGAAAAGUAUUCCAUAAUCAUAAAGAACAUAAAACAGUAAUUACCACAAAUCACGAGGCGAAAAGUGAUCAAAACGAAUCAAACAAUUCAUUAAAUAUAGUCGCACCUAUCCACUCAGAGCAACAAUCAAUAGACAAUAACCAUGACCUAAUAGAAAAAGAAAAAGUCGUAGAUAUGACCAUUGAAUCGUCGUCGUCGAAAACAACCACCACUGCUGUAGCAAUGAAAGAGACGACGACGACAACAACAGCAAUAACAAACAAUAGCCAAUCAGUUAAAAUAAUAAAGGGAGAGGAGAAAAAGACCAAAAGAUCCAGUGGUGGAUUUUCAGAGUUUUUUGCACAGGUUACUACAAUCUUUGGAAAAGAAAAAGCCGACAGCGCAAAAAAUAAUAUUACAAACCAAAAUAGUAAUUCCCAAAACAACAUCCAAGAAAUUAAUCAACAACAAGACGAAAAUGAAAAUCGCCAUCGUAAACAGCAUUAUAGAGAAAAUAGUUUAUUUGGUUCUAUAAAGUCAAAAGGAGAUGGCGAAUCUCAUAAAGAGAAAAAAAGUUUAUUCGACUUUCUUCAUCGUCAUAACAAUCAUCAAGGAAAAGAUCAACAAAAUUCUGAAAAUGAUGGCCAACGUUCAAAUCACGAUAAUAAUAUCAAUUCGGAAACAGUUUCAAAUCAUUCGAGUCAUUCGAAUCAUUCAAAAGGAAAAGAACGAGAAAAAUAA